UAGCAUAUAAGGAGACCCUCCAUUUAUUUCUUUGAAGAACAAGAAAUUGGAGGAUUUGUUUUACUUUUUUUAUAAAAAAAAAAUCUUUUGGAGGGGAGGAGUUCCGAGAAGAUGAUAAGAUGGUGGUGGGUUUCUGCUUUUCAAUUAGCCGAGCUGUUUGUUAGCUCAAUGGUUCAUCUUUUAUAUGGGUUUUAUGUAUAUAGCACUGCUGUUGCUGGGGACCUUCCUCAAGCUUUGAGUGAUCGGAUUUUCAAGGCUAAUGCAAGUUUAGAGGUGAAAAGACAAGAUCCCAGUAAAACCAACGUUGACGAUCUCCCUCCUAUUGUUUUGGUUCAUGGCAUUUUUGGAUUUGGCAAAGGAAAAUUUGGAAGUGUUUCAUAUUUUGCAGGGGCUGAGAAGAAAGACGAGAGGGUUCUUGUGCCUGAUUUGGGAUCUCUUACCAGCAUAUAUGAUAGGGCUCGUGAAUUGUUCUAUUAUUUGAAAGGUGGGAGAGUUGAUUAUGGUGAAGAACAUAGCAAGGCUUCUGGGCACUCCCAGUUUGGAAGACUUUAUGAACAAGGGCAUUACCCGGAAUGGGAUGCUGAUCACCCUAUUCACAUUGUUGGCCAUUCAGCCGGUGCUCAGGUUGCGCGCGUAUUGCAGCAGAUGCUUGCUGAUAAAGCAUUCAAGGGAUAUGAAAAUACAUCUGAGAAUUGGGUGUUAAGCAUAACAGCCUUAUCUGGGGCCUUCAAUGGAACUACGAGAACUUAUUUAGAUGGAAUGCUGCCGGAAGAUGGGAGAAAUUUGAAACCUUUAUGUCUGCUACAGCUAUUACGGUUGGGAGUUGUAAUAUAUGAUUGGCUGGAUAUCCCCUUGCUAAAGGCCUACUACAAUUUCGGGUUCGAUCACUUUAACUUGUCAUGGAGAAACGUAGGUCUUUGGGGUCUUGUCGAUUGCCUCUUGGGGAAUGCAGGGCCGUGGGCUACGGGAGAUUGGAUCCUCCCCGAUCUUACGAUUCAAGGAGCCAUGAAACUGAACAGUAGUCUGCAAACCUUUCCGAAUACAUUCUAUUUCAGCUAUGUUACGAAACGUACAAGGAAGUUCCUUGGUGUCACAGUUCCUUCCGGUAUUCUUAGCAUACACCCUAUGCUUUUUUUGCGAGUUCUACAGAUGAGCCUGUAUCGACAUCCUAUCGACGUUCCUCCGCCAUAUAAAGGCUACCGGGACGAGGAUUGGUUGGACAACGAUGGAGCACUGAAUACGAUAUCCAUGACCCACCCUCGUCUCCCGGUCGAGCACUUGAGCUGUCGUGUUUUAAAUGAUUCGGAGUGCCUAUCUUUGCAGCCAGGCAUAUGGUAUUACAAGAUAGUAGAGGGAGAUCACAUAUUGUUCAUAUUGAAUAGAGAAAGAGCAGGCGUUGAAUUCGAUGUUUUAUACGACAGCAUAUUUGAGCGUUGCAGAAAACAUAUUCUAAAGAAGACUACACAAACUAUACCCAAUCAAGCUACCAAUGCUUGAUAAGUCCACUAUUUCAAGCAUUUUUCUUAGUGUUGCAGACAUUUUUAGGAAACUUUGUAGUCAAUCAAGCUCCUUCAUUUAAGAGACUACUAGGGGCAAAACCUUUUUAUUUCUCACUCAUGCUUGUAAGCCUGGGUAAAUGUAGGAAAACAUGAUCAA